UACACAGCUAAUUGAUUAUUGAAGUGGAGUGUGCCGUGGUGAACUUAAUAAACGCCAAACUGUUUUAAAUCUGGUCUCUAGUUUUAGGCUGAAUCUGAAAAAUAGAAUAUUGUAAUUAAUUGAACCAAAAUUAUAAACAAUUGAACCUUUAAAAAAACUUUAGUCUUGGUUUUUUAUACUUAUAAAUUUAAUCAUAGUUAAUAAAAUUGCAAUCUGAUAUCUAUUAACAGUAGAAUAUGUUUGUAUAAAAAAAGUUAUUUUAAUAAGCAUGCCGGAAGAUACAAAAACGCAGGGUAAAAAUAAAAAUGGACCAAAAGAGCAACGUAAACGCCGAGGCCGACAAUCUGGUCCUGAAAAUAAGCAAGAAAAAGAAUCUGAGACAGUAAAACCUUCAACUAAAGCUCCUGAGAAAUCUGAAAAGCCUACCUAUGAACCACCCCCUCCAGAAUUUUAUAAGAAUCUAAAAAAAGAAACUGAUGAAAUACUCAAGAUUACGGAGGAAGCAAACUCAAAGUAUAAAAAGAAAGAAAUACUCAGUAAUUGGGCUAAGUAUGAGAUGCCCAUAGAGAGUUAUGAAGAAAUUGAUGAACAAGAGAACUUGGGUGCUGAUUAUGAGACCUUAGCCAACAUGCCAUUGUCUAUUGGAGGUCAUUUUCAAUUUAAACAUGAAAAAUCAUGGGAUGAAAAUAGUGGACCUUCUCCUUAUGAUAAGUAUUUUGAUAUCAAUAUGGAGAACUUAUAUACAGCUCUUUCAAGCAUACCAUUUUUUGAAAGAAACAAUAUAGAUCAAUCUAUCUUUAGUGAAACAGACAUUCAAAAUAUGACCCAUCGUGCAAUGAAGUUUAAACAAAAGUACUACAAUGAUAAGAAAUAUAUGACACCAGAUAUGGAGGCUCAAGAAAAAAUUCUAAAGACAUUAACUUUACAUGAUGACACUAAGUAUGUAGAAGCAACUAAUGAUAAAGAAAUUGAUGUUCUACCCGAAAUUAAUUCAGAAAAAAAAGAUGCUAUUAUGGAUAAUUCAAUAGAUGCUUCUCAUAACAUUAAAAUACAAAACAUAAAAGAACCUAGUAUUACAUUACACAGUGAAAAUGAUAUCAAUGAACUUAGUGAAAAUACCGAACCACAGAUAUUGAAAGAAAAAGACAAUUUGAAACAUGUCUUGGAUCUGAAAGAUAAUAUUAAUGUACCAAUUAAAAAAGAUAUAGAAGUUGAACAGCAUAAUGUCAAAAUGACUUCAGAGAGUAAAGUCACUGCUUUGAAACCAAAGAAUCCUGUCAUAGAAUCACCUGAAGAUCUUGAAAAAUGGCUUGAUGACUUCUUAGAUGGAUAAUUUUUUCAUGCCUAUAUGUACUUAUUAUAAUCAUUUAGUUAUUAAAAAUAAUAUUUAUUCUA